GCGGGCCUCAAGACAAUGUCCUCGCUGACCCCCAGUCCCCAGAAGGGGGGUGGGGCUGGGUGUGUGUCGUCGCACGGGCGGUCAUGAUGGGUAUUGUGUUCGGCAUCAUGUACGGCUUUGGAGUCAUCUAUGUGGAGUUGGUAGAUGUGUUUCAGUCUACUCGAACCGAGGCCGCAUGGGUCGGAUCUGUGGCCACCGGGGCAUUACAUUUUACAGCCUUCUGAUUGGCCGCUACGGCUGCCGUGUGACGUCAAUAAUCGCAGGAUGUGUGGCUUCCAUUGGUUUCCUGGCUAGCUUCUUCGCUCCAAACCUGCAUUUCCUCUACCUCAGUUUCGGUCUGGUGGGUGGCACUGGUCUUGGGUUGGCCAUGGUGCCUGCCGUGGUAGCUGUGUCCAGCUACUUCCGGAAGAGGAGGGGUCUGGCGCUGUCCACGUCGUCGGUCGGUGCUGGUGUGGGGACGAUGUGUUUCCCGCCGUUGUUCAGGGUGCUGAUAGAGGAGUAUGGGUGGCGGGGCCUGAUGCUGGUCCUGUCGGGGGUAGCCCUGAACCUGGUCGUCUGCGGGGCACUCUUCAUGAUGCCUGCUAAGUCAAACAAGAAAUUGGAAUCGAAUGAUCAUGUCCAGAAGACCGGUAUAUGUUCCCGAUGCACCCGACAAUACAACGACUUCUUCGCCGUGCUGCACAACCGCGCCUUCACCGUCAUCCUCGUCAUCAUCACCACGACCUACCUGGUGUACAUCGUCCCCUUCGUCCACCUGCCCGACCUGGCUCGUCUCACGGGAGUAACCAAGGGCAACGCAUCAUUCCUCGUCUCCAUCAUGGGUAUCGCCGGUAUUGCCGGGAGGCUGGUGUUUGGGUUCGUCUCCACCCUGGAGUGUGUCAGCGUGUUAUUAUGUCACGCGGGUAUGCUGCUCGUCUGUGGGGUAGCGACGUUGCUGUGCACGUUGAUACACACGUACACGCUGUUUGCUGUAUAUGCUGCCGUGCAUGGUGGUUUUAUAGGCAGCUACACUGGUUUUAUUGCGGUCGUGAUAACGGAGAUCGUCGGCCUGGACCAGACCGCCAAUGCUCUGGGUAUGCUGACCUUCCUAGGAGGAAUCUGUAUAUUGCUGGCAUCGCCUCUAGCAGGCUUCCUGUACGACACGACCGGAAGUUACCUGACGUCAUUCUACUUCACCGGGGUUGUGUUUUUAGUCUGUGGAUUUGUCUACGUCGGACUCAUUCUGUAUCGGAGACAUCAACGUUUACAUGUGUCUAUCAACUAGAUUCUACACCUAAGCAGACAAUUCAUUCAGGGGACCAAUCAUUAGAUCAUCUUCUUGGUCACGUGCAAUGGCGUCUGCCAAUUAGAUUAUACCUCACUGUACACUUUGGAGGCCGAUCUUUUCAUAUUCACGGGGUCUGCAGUUCUAGAUAGAAAUAUAUAUGUGUCCCACACCCCUACUGUCCAGGAGAGAGUAUAUCGUAAAGGAAGAAUUGUUCAGUAGUUUUGUACAACUGGUGCGUGUUUUGAAGCAGUGGGAAUGUUCUAUCCCUAUCACCUAUCCCUGAUCCAGCCACCUACAGAUUCACUGAUGGACCCUUUUACCUUAAGACCUCAUACUGGGGAUCAAAGAGGCAGUCGGUGGUCAAGGUAACUACUACAUAACCACCCAACAUCAUCCACUAAAAUACCCAUCUGUGUUGGAAAGUAUAAGAUGUCAACAAUAUGGGAAAACGCCUGAGGGUACAAAACGACAUUUUACGACUCUUCACGUGUGCAUUUUAAAAUAAAUGUCACGUUUGUGUGUGAAUUGUGGAUGGAUUAGACAUGAGUGCGUGAGUGAGUGAGUGAGUUGGCUUUUAUGCUGCAUAGAACGGCUUAUCCUAUUAAGUGACGGUGUGUCGUCUUGGUUUGGGAUGGAAGCCAAGGUCACACAGGAGAUAUAUAGCUGUGGAAAUUAAAACAUACACAAUUCUAAUAUUUUAAACUUUG